AUGUAUUUUAUUCGACACCCGCUAGUCACAUCCGUAGAUCAGUGGACUAGUUUACAUCACAUUGAUCGCAAGUCUGUUGAACGAAGCAAAGCUGCCUAUGCUUCAAUCGCCAUUACUAAGCGAUUGACUCUGCUUGGAUUACGAGAACGAGAACUUCGCUUUGGCUUAGCACCUAGUCAAGUGUCUUCCUCCAUUGGAAACUGCCCAAUUCCAACACUAGAAGUUUGCCCGCCAACAUAUUACAGAUCAUACUCGGGUCUUUGCAACAACGUUGCUCAACCGGAAUGGGGCACAAGUCACGGUGCACUUUCAAGAAUGCUAAAGCCAGCCUAUGCUGAUGGUAAGUUCUCCUGA